CGCCCAUCCGUUUUAUUGAACUGAAGGUCUCUGUUUUCCACUCAAGCCUCCAGCCCCUGCCCACCCCACCGCUCUGCGGCCCUCUAUCCGGCCCAGGGUGUCAGCCCGGGUUUUCCAGCGGCAGCUGCCCCUGUCACGUGACCGCAUGUGAGCAGAGAGGCUGCUGGGGCCAAAGAACAGAUUUCGCCCAUUCUCGCCCUUUCUCUCCACUUGCUGAUCUCACGGAGGAACAAAGGAUUUUCUUAGAAAACCGGGUGGCCAGCUGGCCCUCCUGAAGAGUUUCUGGGAGGGGGCGAGCCAGGGAGCCAUCGGGGCCCACCUGGGCCUGCCGAGCCCCCAGGGAGGCAGAGGGAGCCCUAUCGGUGCUGGGCAGAGCCCAGGGAGGGCCGGGGCCGGGACAAGGGGUUAUCUCUCUGGGGCUCCUGCUGCGGGAAGAUAGGCCACAGUAAUGGCACCAGGGCGCGGGGGCCCAGAGGCAGGCGUGGGCCUGCACCCCCUCUUAGCGCAGAUCCAGGAGGGGCUCCCAGGCCUCCCACAAGGCCUCACCUGGGGUGUGGCCACGUGUGAGGCACCCAGGCUGUUGCCUUCUAGUCUGUAAAAACAUGCCCGUGCCAAGGGCCUCUGGGCGCCAAUCUAAGUCCCUCCUCCCACCUCCUGGCUGCUGGAGCCCCAGGCUGGGACCGUUAGGCAGGCGGGGCCAUAGGACGGGGCUGCUCAGCCCUCCUGGGCCCAGACCCCCACCCUGGCACCGGGCACCCUCCAGGCCUACACCCUUAUUUGGGGGCCCGGGCAGAGCUGUCCAAUUCUCGGGGCAUCCCCUGCUGAAUUCCAGCUCAGAGGCCAUCUUGAGGGAGCCUCUCCUUUUCCAGAGGCUGAACCUGGGCUCGGGAAGGUGGAGGGAAUUGCCGGCGAGGCAGCGCGCUGGGCUGCCCGGACCCUGAAGGGCAGGGCCCGCUGCUGGGGUGGAAAGAGCCCACGUUGAAGGAGGGCUGCCGCCUCCCCUCCCCUCCCCCACUCCGAUCAAUUUCGUGUCUGUCAAUUGCAGGGGUGUGUAACCUUCAAAGUCAGCCUUCAAAUUGCAGUUUGAUCCCGGCAUUUCAGCAGAACCCGUUCCUUUGUCCUCAUCUCCAGGGAUUUGGCCUUCCAAACAUCAAAGGGCCGGUGCCAAGGCUGCUCCCUCCUUCUCGCACAUUGCGGAGGGGGUCCACCGCCAUGGGGAAGAGCCCGAGGCGGGCCCCAGCUGCAGGCGCCGAGCCCCCUCCCCAUCCCCAGAUAUCUAAGGAUCGAUCUUCGAUCUUCGGGCAGUCUCCCCACCUGGAGGGUCUUUAGAGUCUGGCCAGAGGCGCCGCUGUGGUCUUUGUAUCUGAACCCCCAGGCCUUUGGGCUUCCAAAGGCACUGGGGAAUUGUUCGGAUUUUUUUUCUUUGUGUCCCCUGAGCCUCGCACGUGACUGGCUCCUAGUAAAACCCCCGACAAAAGGUUGAUUGACCAGCACGACCUUGGGCAAUUCAGUUCAUUUCGAGGAGCCUCAGUUUCCCCAUCCGUAAAAUGGGGGACGGGCUUGGAAGUCCCAAACCUCCCCGGUUGGCAGAUCCCGGCUAGUCCAACACCUUCAUUUUACAAGGGGAGGGAGGGGGGAUCCUGCAUCCCAUGCUCUUCCCAGGGUUAAGAUCCCCACUCUGGCGUGGGAUUCUGGGGGUCUCAGCCUACCCUCGGGGAGGGGGUCCCACUGGGGUCCACCAUUGCAGCUGCAGGGCUGGGAGGGGGCGGCCUCGCCCCAACCAUGGCGCUGACACCCCCUCCCCGAUUUCUCUUCACUUCGACGGGAGGGGCCCCAUAUCCAAAGAACUGCCCCCCAAAAAGAGGAAAAGAAAACCAUUCCGAACAAAAGGGGCGCGUGGGUCCAGCCUAAGCUCCCUCCUGCUCCAGAGGGGGUCUGAGCCAAAGUCCCCCUUCCAAUCUACAGGGUCCCCCGCCCCAAGACCUAACGCAAUUCUGGGUGUGGGCAGGGGAGGGGGGAGAGCACAGUGCCGGGAACAGCGGGAGACUCGGGCCUGUGCUCCCCCUAGGGAUGGGAAGAACCCCCCCCCCCCCCACCGCCCAGCUCCAGCGCGCAGUCUCCGCUGGGAGGGGGCCGGGAGAGGGGAGAGCGAAGGGCGGAGGCCGCGGGUCCCGUGAUGGAAAGGCCCGCCCCCUCCCGAGCCCCCAGCCCAGCCAUUGGCAGGGGCUAGCGUGACGCGAGGCGGGGCCUCGGCACGGCUAUAAAAGCGCGGCGCGGGCGCCCCAGAGUCGCCAGAAGCGCAGGGAAGGGGAGUCGCUGCGGUUUCCUGCUUCAACAGUGCUUGAACGGAACCCGCUGCUCGAUUCCCGGCCGGAGCCGCCCUUAGCCACCUCUCCACCUUCACCUCCACUAACCAACACUUCUUCCGUCCUACCGUUCGAGCAGCAGCCGUCCGCUCAGCCGCCCCCGGCCGCCGUCGCCGCCGCCUCCUUCAGCCUCAGCCGCAGCCGCUGCGCAGCCGCCUUCGCCCUUCUCCUCCACCAUCACCAUAGCCGCCGCCAUGACGACCUCGUCCCCCUCCCAGGUGCGACAGAACUACCACCAGGACUCGGAGGCCGCCAUCAACCGGCAGAUCAACCUGGAGCUCUACGCCUCCUAUGUCUACCUGUCCAUGUCCUAUUACUUUGACCGGGACGACGUGGCGCUGAAGAACUUCGCCAAGUAUUUCCUGCACCAAUCCCAUGAGGAGAGGGAGCACGCUGAGAAGCUGAUGAAACUGCAGAACCAGCGAGGCGGCCGCAUCUUCCUUCAGGACAUCAAGAAACCGGACCGCGACGACUGGGAGAGCGGGCUGAAUGCCAUGGAGUGUGCGCUGCACUUGGAAAAAAAUGUCAAUCAGUCGUUACUGGAAUUGCACAAGCUGGCAACUGACAAAAAUGACCCCCAUUUAUGUGAUUUCAUCGAAACCCACUACCUGGACGAGCAGGUAAAGUCCAUCAAACAGCUGGGUGAUCACGUGACCAACCUGCGCAAAAUGGGGGCCCCCGAUUCUGGCAUGGCGGAAUAUCUUUUUGACAAGCACACCCUUGGAGACAGUGACAACGAGAGCUGAGCCUCCACCUGGCUUCCCCCACCACUGGGAACUGUGGGCGAGACUCCUACUGUCUUUCAGUGCAUGCAUAUUUUGGUUAUCUGACCUUUUCAUAAUCUGUACCAAAAAACUACCACCAUUUACAUCCCAAUAAAGUGACUUGGUACUGAUGAAA